GACGCCAGCAUGGACAUGGUUUCAAUGUGAUGAGAUGUGAUGAGACCUGUGGCACUUGUGGCCGGCUUGUGGUCGAUUCACUUCAGUAUCGCUUCAGCUUCCGGUGCUUCCAACUCUGCCAGCUCUGACUUGUGGGCUGCCUUGCAACAUGCCACCGGCUUCACAGACGACGAGCUGACCUAUUUGGCAGAGGAACUUCGAGAGCUUCCAGCACCGUCACAGAAACGCCUUUGGCAGGAGAAAGUUCGUUGUGGAAAAGGUUACUGUGCUCCAGAAGCCACCAGUCGCUUGGUGGCUGCCCUGGGGGAGGCAGGUCAAUUGCCAUCCCGGGUCUUUGAACUCUUUCCCGGUGAUCCUUUGUAUAACUACUGGAAGGAGUCGGACCGGACGGCCUUCCACUCCUGGGUCAAUGGGCAGCCGGCCCACGAGGAGACCAUUGAAGCAUUGAUCCCCGAGGGUCAACCGCUGGCGUCUGGAAGGAUCCAAGCAGCCAGCUUCACCUGGAAAGCAAAGGCUUUGAUUCAAAAGUUGUUGGGCCCAGUGGAGAUUGAUAAGUCCCUUGGGCGGUGUUUGGAAUGGGAUACGCCUUUCUAUGUGAUCACAGCUUUUCAAAAGCUUUGCUUCAGAUCAGACAUACUGCAGUAUGCCAAUCCCAAAGCUGGAAUGCAAGAGCGGAUGCAGAUUUACCAGAAAGGGACAAGGGUGCUCGCGCUGGAUGUGCUUCAUCCACCUCAUUGGAUGCCCAACGAUUAUGGACUGGUCGUGUGUUAUUUCGUGCUUGAGCAUGUGCCAGAGCCGCACCAGGCCAUGAAUGGCAUCAGCCAACUUCUUCUGCCAGGAGGUUUUCUCUUGCUUGGAGCUCCCUUUAUCGAUGGUGUUCAUGGGUGCCCAGAUGAUUUCUUCCGCUACACGCCCCAUGGUUUGCGAAAGGUAGCAGAGUUCGCUGGCCUGGAGGUGUUGAUGGAGUCGUCUCCUGGUCACCAAAUCGCAGCAGCUGGGGAAAUGAUGGGAAUGCGGUCCUCCUAUUGGCGAACAGAGGAUUUGCUGCAAGACUCUGACACGCAUCCUAUGAAUGUGUUUCUUCUGGCUCGGAAGCCGCUUCGUCCAGGUCAUAGGAGACCGUGGACGCAGCAUAAUCGCAGCAGCUGAGAGGCUGGGACCAUCAGUGACCUCGCGGAGAAUCUAAGAUGUGGGAAGAACGCGGGGAGGUGGCCACGAACAAAGUGCUUUCAUCAACUUCCUCAGUUCUCACAUUCCUUUUCCCCUUGCUGCUCACAGGUAGCAAAUUUAGGGCCUUUUCGGUCGAACUCACAACCUUGCAGCCACUGGAGGGUUGGCACACCAUGUUUGCUGUGAGAAUCCGGGACGUUCAACAUCCGAGCCAAGCCAAAAGG